AACCUUUUGUGGGCUCCAGGUUUGUUAACUGCUGCAGAACCAAAGUCAAGGACACUUCUAGACUUUAUGUGAAUUGUCGCACGAAUGGGGAAAAUAUUCGGAGCAAGAUAUUUCCAAUCAAAUCAAUAAGAUGAUUAUAGCUGGAAGCGAAACUUCAUUAGCUUUGUACUUUUAAUGCUUUUUACAUUUCCGGAUAUUCAAGUACGUGUAUAAUAUAUUUUCUUAAUAAUUUGUCAUUAUGUAUCCGAUGCAAAUUAUAUUCAUAUUAAUUUCUUAACAUGUCUUCCAAAUCUUCGAUCACAAAGGACAAAGUAUAUGUGGAAGUAAAUCGAAUUUACUGCUCGGACGAUCCGAAAUGUGUUCCAAUGACAUAUAAUGAUAUUAAAAGUAUGAAACUUUUGGAACGUGUGAUCAAGGAAACGUUACGUCUAUUUCCUUCAGGUCCUGUCAUCGCUCGGAAAGUAACGCAAGAUAUAAAAGUUACUAAAAAUUGGACUAUACCGAAAGGAUGUUCAGCAGCAUUUCUCAUCUAUAAACUACAUAGAAGCGCAAAAUAUUGGCCACAGCCAUUAGUAUUCGAUCCCGAUAGGUUCCUACCGGGAAAGAUUUGUUCUACAUAUUUCUUUCCAUUUAGUUACGGUCGAAGAAAUUGCAUAGGUCAACAUUUCGCUAUGCUAGAGAUGGCAACAGUAAUCGCUACACUGAUAAAAAGAUUUAGAAUUAAACUAGAUUAUCCAAUAGAAAUUGCAGAAAUAGGUUUAAAGAUAAGCCUCACAUUAAAACCGGCAAAACCAAUAGGAUUAAAAUUUUAAAGUAGAAAUUAAUUAAAACAUAUACCAUAUAUACAAUACAUACAUAAUUAAUAUAUAUAUACAUAACGAAUUCUGUGAAAUAUAGUAUAGAAUAUGUAGCAGAAACAAAUUAUUAUUUGUAUAAAAUAAAAAUUGUACAAAAACUGUCCACGAAUUAUUAAAUAUAAUUUGAUAUAAUGAAUAAAUAAUUAAUAUGUCCCUCGAAGAUCAUUCUCAUUGCUUAUUUCGAAAUUCUAAUAAAUUAAUAUUUUAAUACAUUCUCUCUCUCUCUCUCUCUCUCUCUCUCUCUCUCUCUCUCUUUCUCUAUCUCUAUCUCUCUCUCUUUCUCUAUCUCUGUCUCUCUCUCUCUCUCUCUCUCUCUAUCUCUUUCUCAUAAAUCAGAAUACUCAACUGGUACAUGUUGAAUUUUAUCAUGCGAUGAAACUAGACAAGAUAGCUAAUCUAUUAUGUUUAAAAAUUCCCACCUACAAAUUGUAAAGUAUAAUGAUAAAAUACUUCUAGUAUGAAGUAAGGUAAUUAUUCAUAGGCCGUUCAACCAAACAAAUCGAGUGAUAUUAUUCAACGCACGCGACGGAAAAGUGAUUGAGUGAAGAGUGAAUUCAUAAAUUUAAAUUUUUUGAUUCAGUUUUAAAUAUAAUCUUAUCCAUCAAAUAAUUAGGGCUAUUCAUUACAUUUCGCUCGUAACGUGUAUGAUUUCAGCGCUAGGACAAAGUAUGGAAUAAAAAACAAGCGAGAAACGCUGUCCCUACGAUGCGUCUAUAUAAGCUUGUUUGAUUAUUUCCCUCUUUACCCCGGCGACCUCUUCCUAUUUUAGAGAAAAAAAGAAAGAGAGAUAGGGAAUAAGAGAGAGAGAGAAUGCAUAAAUUAUCAAGUAUGCAAGCAAAAAACAUUUUUUUAUCUGAUUCGGCCAAGACUACACAUGUAAUAGUUGCGUCAUACACAACGGAAGUUCAUGAAAAAACUACAUGAUCUAAAUUUUGGUAUUCUAAUUCUAUAUACAUAUCUUUCCUUUUCUCUUUUCAUUCUAUUUCAUAUCAUCCUCUCUCUCUCUCUUUCUCUCUCUAUAUAUAUAUAUCUCUCUCCCUCUCUUUCUCUCACAUUCUUAGCAGAAAUUUGUUAAUAUUAUUCAUGAAUAUCAAUUAAAGUAUUAGAUUUAUAUGGAGUUGUGUAAAUUCUUGCAGGAAUAUUUUAUUUUUUCAAACGAUCUCGCUAAAGAGCCUUUAGAAAAUAAAGAAUAAAUAGAAGAUGAGAUUUUUUAAAUGCCAAAAUGACCAUUUUGUUAAACUAAUCUUUUCUUUAGGCAUUUAAUAAAAGAUAUGUUAUAACAAGUAAAUAGAAACUAUACAAGUAAUCCCUUUUCAUCGUAUUUAACAAUAUUAAGAAGAAUAAAAUUCAUUCAUUAAUUAUACAUUAUGUAGAUAUUCUACUCCCUGUUAUCAUGCCUAGUGUUCUAUAUAGAUAAUCAUUUUUUUCGCUCUUUCACUUUCGCAUUGUCGCUUUUUGCUAUCCACCUGUACGUUUUUUAGAGCAUCAACGAUCUACGUCCGGCGUAAGGUGCUCGCCUAAUCUUUGCACAUGGACUGACAUUCGACCUUGUGGCUAUAUUUAUUCCUUACGAUUGUUUUUAUAUAAUAUCCAAAUUGUAUUCCAUAAAUUCUAGAAAAUGCAUUUACUAUUGAUUUUACAUUCUUAGAUAAAAAAAUUCGCAAUGCUAGAAAUAAAGGUAAUAAUUGCUAUUUUGUUAAAAAGAUUUAUCAUUAAAAUACGCCCAGUAGCAAUAGAAGAAAUUCUGAGAAAAAUGUACGUUACGUUAAAGCCGGCGAAUCGUCUAAUGUUUAAUUUAUAUAAAUAUAAUAUAUAGAUAAUUAAUAUAUAAACAUAACGAAUCCUGUGGAUAACUGUAAAUAAUCUGUUCCAGAUAUAAAUUAUUAACCGUAUAAAAUAAGAAUUGUAUAAAAACUACAAAAGGAUCUCAUUAUUUUAUACGAUUUUAUAUAAUAAAUGGUCAAUGGAUAAAAACUUUCUCUAAUUUAAAGAACAUUGAGUAAGUUAACUAAUUUGAAAAACAUUGAGUAAGUUAACUAAUUUGAACAACAUUGAAUAAGUUAAUGUUAUCCAAUGAGGUUAUGUUUCUAAAGUGGUCGGUGAAAUUUUCCUAAAUGAUAACUACUUUAGAAUUUUUCGACAAUCAGUUUGAAAGUAUUACUAACUAAUCGUAAUAAUCUGAAAUCGUUCAAUAAUCUGAUCUUUUUAUCAGUGUAACAAUUACUGUUGCCAUCUCUAGCAUAGCGAAAUGUUGACCUAAAAAAAUUAAAUCAAUUGUAAAUGCAUUUUAUUUUAGAAUUUUCUGGAAUAUACUAUC